UUACAUCCGGGUAAUUGUAGUUUUGAAUACUAGGUAAUGUAGUUCUUUGUCAAAAAUGAAGAAGUUAUCCCGUAAAAGAAAAGGGCGCUAUCGGUCAUAUUUGAACAACUUAUGCUAUACAACCAGGCUUUCAUAUGUAAUGUCUGUUUAUUGAGCUAACUAGUUGCGUUUCAGGGUCGCUAAUGAGAUAGCUGGUUAGCAUAGCCCUACAAGUACUGCUUGUCGUUGCUUAGCGACCAGUUCGACCUCCCUCAGGAGUACAGUUUGUUUAUACUUUAGCUUAGCCACUCGUUAGCAAGAAAGACCAACAUGUGGACCGAAAAGAGGCAUCAACAUAAGUUAUCGAUAUGAAACGUAACAAUAACUGGUUGACGUCUCAGUGAAUAGCAGGUUAAGUUUCGAUAAUGCUAGCUUACUAGAGCAAACAGCUACUUCAAGUGUUGUCUUUAUCAACCAAACAUGGCUUACUAUUUAUGUUUGCUGUGAAAGCAUGGAUGUAUGUGUGAAAGGCAGGAUUUAGGUGUUAUUAGUUUGAUAUCUACUGAAGCUGAGCAGCCAAGGGGAGAGCACACACUCUUUUACUUUGCUGUCUUCGUCACUGCAGUAUUUGAGACUCGGGUUACACUCCUCCAUCAGAUGGCGUUUUGCCUGGCUGAGCUGCACUUGUGGUCCACCAAGAGCUCACUCCAAGUCAAAGAUACAGAUAUUGGCACCUAUCAGUACUACGAUAAAGGAGAGCCAGUUAAUCCCCUGGAGCAUCACUACUACAAUGAGAAACUCCAUUUCUGUGAAGCUCGCGGCUAUUCGUGGACCCCCAGCGGUGCUGAGCGAUCGGCUGAUCCUGCUGUCCUUCCUGGAGCAGAGCCAGGUAGCUGCAGUCUACCUCAACCCAAAGAACCAGGAGACCCCGGAGACUGGCCGGCGAACAGACAAACUCUCACCCUCUGAAAUCAAGAUGGUGUCUGUGGAGGUGAGCGGUCGGGGGGGUCGCAGGCUCAGCAGGCGGCUGGCUCUGAACCGUUUGCAGGACAUGGCGCUCUGCUGGUGGGACUCGGAGGAGCCCAGUGAGGAGCUGUGGCCCUGGACCCUGACAAACACACACAGGAACAACCUGGUCCUGCUCAGCUGCUCGCUUGCUGAAGGCCUCAAGGUGCUGGGCUCUCUCCAGUCAGAAGGAAACCCUCUGGACUGCCGCUUCAGCCUCCUCCAGCCCUACCAGCUGCUCACAGUGGAGCUUCCAGGAUCCAGAGAGGGUUUCUGGGCCGACAGCUGUGUGUACGAGUGCUCUCGAGGCCGCCUACACCGCCUCUCUUCCACCCGCAUCCCGCUAACAUCGCGCCCUGUCUCCUGCUCACGACACCCCUCUGAGAGCUCUCUUCUCCUGGGUCUCAGUGACUCCUCCUUGGUGCUGUUUGACCAGCGACGGGGGGUCUCUCUCCUGGCCUCCUGCCCCGUACCCCCCACUCUCCUCGCCUGGCACCCUGCUGGGGCCGUGGUGCUGGUGGGGGGAGAGCAGGGGGAGCUGAUGUGCUUUGAUGUGGGCUUGGCACCUGUAAGGAUGGCGCUGGUAGCCGAGGAUGAGGCUCCAGCGGAAACGCUAAGACUCGCCGACCACCUGCGGAGCGGCGUAGGACUGGAGGGGCUGCGGUGGGCUGCGGGCCUGGAGGCAGAUGUGCUGAUGUUGGCCUUUCAUGGGGGACCAUUGGCUGCCCUGAGAUUCAGACUCGGAGCCCUGACUGGAGGCCUGGUGGGCCUCGGGGAGAUGCUGCAGCAGCGGCUGCGCUGUGGGCAGGUCAGAGAGGCGCUGGGCGUCCUGGAGGCCAUUGACUGGAGCAUCAUGGGAGACGAGUGCCAUCGAGGGCUGAGCUCCAUCACCAACCACCUGCUGAGGCUGGAGCUGAACGCAGAGAGAGAGGCGCUGCUAGAGGCCGCUCUCGGGGUGUUUUACGCCCCCCCCGCCCCUCUCUCAGACGUGGUGAUACUGGAGUUCAGGGAGCCCAUCAGCAAGUGUGCCCGCCGCUUUUUUCACCACCUUCUCAGACACCAGCGCUUUGAGAAGGCCUUCCUCCUCGCUGUAGAUUUAGAAGACAGAGAUCUAUUUAUGGACCUCCAUUAUGUUGCCAGCGAUAAAGGCGAGGUGGUGCUCGCGGAUGUGGCCAAGAGGAAAGCUAAUGAAAUCGAGAGCGCAGCAGGCAACGAAGACCCUCAGAGAGUUGGAGAUGAUGUGAUGCGUGUCUCCAGACAGACGGAGAGAAACCAGACGGCAACAGGACCUUCGUACCCGAAUACUCCGACAACACAGGUUGAUGGAAGAGCCAAUCAGAGGAGACUUCAGGCCGAGAGCAUACGUGUGACCGUGAGCCCAGAAGUGUUCAGGACUCUGAGACAAACAGGAAGCAGUGAAGGCGACAGCAGGAAUGACGAUGAAGACCUCGGGAUGCUUCAUGUGGUCCAUUUAGGAAUGGUUUGAAAGAACGUCAAAGAAACGAUAAGAGACACAACAACAUUUCACCAAUCACAGACUCACUUUCUACCCAUAUGCUGGUAUGCCAAGUAGUCACAUUACCUGGAGAAGAGCUCAACUCAUUGUGAACACUACAUCUGUAUGGAUAUCUGAUCAAAGUGAUAUAAUGUAAUAGUUGUACAUUUGAUAUAGCUUCAUCCUGUCAUAUUCUACCUGGGAAAUGUUGAUGUGAAUUCAGGGUAUUUCUGUCUUAGUGAAGUCUAAACCAAAAGAAAACAUUAACACCGGGUUCUGCUUUUAAAACCACGACUGAAAGUGUUUUAAACCUUUCCGUUAAUCAUCCUGAAAAAAUAAAGACUUGUAUUAUA